GCUGGACGUAACGUAUGGGACGGUAAGCUCCGAGCCACGCAACACCGCCAACGUCAACAUAUACACAAAUUUCGUUGCAGCAUAUGUUUCUAUUCUCUAUUUCCGCUUUCCUGCAUAAGCCAAGAUAACAUUGCAGUAUUCUUUUAUAGUUGAUUAGUUUUUUCAAGUAGCUGGUUACCGAAGUGAACAAAUUACUACUUCAUGAAGAAGAUGAAAGAUAUCGCGUGGACGUGGUGUUAUAACGUGAGCGCAUGUGCUGUGAUCCUCUUGCUGGGCAGUUGUCACAUAAGUUACGGAAAAGUUUUGAAAGAAUAUGGGGAAAUUCCAAUCGGCGAACAAAUGACGCCUCCGAUAGUAGCAGUACCGCAAGGUGCAAUUCGAGGUGUGAACAUGGUCAGUUACCGUAAUAAACCAUUCUUUGCUUUCAAGGGAAUCCCGUACGCAAAACCACCGGUUGGAAAUCUCAGAUUCAAAGAUCCUGUACCGCCUGUUAUUUGGAGUGGAACUAUGGAUGCAAGCCGUAAUCCCGAACCCUGUGUUCAAAUUAAUCCCCAACUUCAUACGGCGACUGGCAAUGAAGACUGUCUCUAUCUCAACAUUUACACACCCCGGCUUCGCAGUGGCAAUGACAUCAAGCAGUUGCCGGUAAUGGUGUACAUAUUUGGUGGAAAAUUUCAAGCAGGUAACAUUAAUCCUACACUAUGCGAUCCACGUUUCAUUCUCGAUAGAGACGUGGUCCUCGUGCUUCCUAGCUAUCGCCUCGGAGUGCUGGGAUUCCUCACCACGGGAGACGAAGUAUUACCAGGAAACUAUGGCCUGAAAGACGUGGUUCAGGCUCUCAAAUGGAUUCAGGAUAACGUCCAGUAUUUCGGGGGUGAUGCCAACCAAGUGACUCUGUUUGGGUCAAGUUCGGGUUCAAUUAUGGUUCACAUGUUGGCUUUGUCGAGCUUGACUGGCGGACUCUUUCAUAGGUACAUAACGCAAAGUGGAACAGCGCUAACGACCGAUGCAAUGGUGCCUACAAGUGUAUCAUCGAAUCGCGCUACUCGACUUGGUCAAUAUUUAGCGUGUCCCACGAAUUCAUCGAGUAUUCUUGUCAAUUGCUUGAAAAGUCUCAGUGCCUAUCAGCUCGUCGGAAAGACCUCAAUGUUUCACGAGUGGGGCGUAUUCCCUGAAGUCAUAUGGAACCCAACUGUCGAACCAGAUAUAGACGGAGCCAUACUGACCGAUAUUCCUGCAAACCUACUUGCUGCUGGAAAGACUUUAGAUCUGCCUUGGAUCGCCUUAGUCAAUCGAGAUGAGGGACUUCUCUAUUCUCUUCUUCCAUACUACAGAAAUCCAGACAUGUUCCAGUAUCUUUUGGAUGAUAUCGAUUCCGCCCUACCUGUAAUCUUACAGUACAAAUACAAAGUUGAAAAUGUGAAAGCCUUCACAACGGCCCUCAAGUCAUACUACUUGAACGACCUUACUGUCAAUAGGGGUUUGAUAAUAACGAACAUUACUCAACUCAUAGGAGAUGCCAUGUUUAUAUAUCCAACAUAUAGAUCGUUGAAAGAACGGUUGGUUGUAGCUAAAAAUUUUCAGUACUUUUGUUCCUUCGAAUACCGCGGUAAGUUCAGUUCCAGUUAUGACGGUGCCCCUCCAGUAUACUUAGGUGUUGCACAUGCUGACGAAUUGCUGUAUCUUCUCCCUGGAAAAAAGAGCAACUAUGGAUCCCCAGAUUGGGAAUACGACGAUGCUGAUUGGAAAAUG